UGGUGUUGUUUCUACAAGGUUUAUGUUUGGUGUAAACACAAAGCACUUCUGUUCAUCUUGGUGUCUAAAAUUGGUCAGGAGCACGUCGACGCUUUGCUGCCAGUCCACUUAUCGUGAACGUGAAAGGUUCUUAGAAUUCCAGAACCCAAAAUUCGGAGUUGAUGUGGAAACGUGAAGGCAUCACCAGCAGCUCACUCAGUGGUACCGGGAUCUUUUACAGGCAGGCGGGACCAUGGCAGGCCUGUGGAGAUCCUACCAGGCUUUGAUGACCAAACACCCGUGGACGGUGCAGAUAGUGACUGCCGGGUCCUUAGUGGGUGUCGGUGAUGUCAUCUCCCAGCAGCUGAUUGAGAGAAGAGGAUUGGCUCGUCACAACGUGCGGCGGACGGCCAAGAUGAUGAGUAUCGGUUUCUUCUUCGUGGGUCCAGUGAUCGGCGGCUGGUACAAAGUUCUCGACAGGCUCGUAGUCGGAGGAACCAAAAGUGCUGCCAUGAAGAAAAUGCUGUUGGACCAGUUGUGUUUUGCUCCGGGGUUCCUGGGAGCUUUUCUCUGCAUCUCCGGCGCCUUGAACGGACUGACGGUGGAGGAGAACGUCAACAAGCUCAAGAGGGACUACACUGACGCCCUGAUCUCAAACUACUAUCUUUGGCCUCCAGUCCAGAUUGCCAAUUUCUACUUCGUCCCCCUCCACCACAGGCUGGCUGUCGUUCAGAUCGUCGCUGUUGGCUGGAACUCCUACCUGACCUGGAAGGCCAAUAAGAUGUGAGCGAUGAUCACAAGUCCGGCCUGUGUUGUUGUUGUUGUUGUUGUUGUUGUUGUUGUUGGUGAUGAUGGUGGUGGUGGAUUUACACUCAUUUGUUGUGUGUGUGUGUGUGUGACAUGGACCGCUCUGGUCAAACUGACUCUAUGCUACGUAUUCUUGUGAUAUUUCCAAAGUGUAAAGCUGUGACUGAGUCACUCGUAAAGGUCGGGAGAAAACGCUCGUCUACUCUGAAUGACAAAUUCACACUUGAAAGUCAAACUUGCAUUUGCAGAAAUGUCUGUGAAAGUUUGUUAUUUAUGGAAAUGGGAUUUGGCAGUGGUGCCGCAGCGCAGCCGCACAUACGCGCGCACACACACACACACACACACACACACACACACACACACACACACACACACACACACACACAGUCAUACAUUAACACAUCCUGCUUACAAAGGAAACUUUUCAAAUCCACUUAUUGUUAAUCAUCAUUUGUUGCUGGUUCGUCGCACAUUGUUGUGUCAUUCUCAGUGUAAUAAUGUGUUUUAAGUUACAUAUUUGACUCAUUUUCUGCACUUCUUUUUGAGUAACUGUUUCCUACAUUUCCCAGAAUGCCUUUUAACAACUCUCAGGAAGGGCCGAUCCACCAGUUUUUUUGUUUUUACAUUCCUGUCAUAAAUGUACUUGAAGUGAGUGAUGAGAAAGUAAAGUCGUACCAUCUGCAGGCUGCAAUGCAUUGUGGUCUGUCGAGGCCUCUGCGUGUGAAAUAAUGAGCCUCGUUUUAGCGCCGGAAGGAUAAACUUGCUCUUCCGUGCUGAACGAGUGACAGCAAAACCUGACAAAAGCAAACUUUCUUUGGAAAAUGUGCCGCUUUGUUGUUUAGAUGGUGAAGCUGCAGCUGAUUAGCUUAGCACAGUCUGUCUGAGGCUAAUCAAAUCCACAUACCAGCACCUCAAAAGCUCGCUAAUUAAACUGUUUUAUCUUGUUAUAAAAACUCAAAGUGUGAAAGUGCGACAAGUUGCAGUUUUAAGUGGUUUUGUUUGUUGGAAUAUUUCAUUAUUGUGUUACCUGUGCACACAGCCAGGCUAGCCGCUCUGCUUCACUCUUUGUGCUAAGCUAACUGGUUGCUAAGUUCUUCUUCACGUUCUCACUUUAGCUUCUCUAUUGCAGCACAAAUUCAAUCAUGCAGCAGUGGCUAAAAAAUCACCACUAAACAACAAACCAGACCUCAGGAAACCACAUGUGCACUGACAGUCACUGUUGAGAUGUGUGUGUGUGUGUGUUUUUCCUUUUAAAUACAUGAAAUCUUAGUAAAUAGUAAAAAUGUGCACAUUUGUAAUAUCAAAGAGCAUGUGAAGCUAAUAAAGUUUUCCAUGAGAUGA